AUGUUAGAAGCGGGCAGUGCUGAACCACCGAAAGAAACUGUUGAGAACGAACUUGCUACUUUGUCAAAUAAUAUUACCAGUUGCCUCUCUGCUGUUUCACUAAAGGUUGGCUGUGAUAAGGAGACGAUAAGUUGUGUUGAAGAGUGUGUUAUUGCUACUGAAGAGUUACAAACAUUGGGUGGAUUGGUGAGAACAGAUAUAAAAGCCGUUAACGACAGUGUUGUAGCGAUCAACGAACAAAUUGGACAAAUUGAAAGCUUGUUUGAAAACAUCGAUCGUCUGGAAGAAUUUGUUAAGCAGAAGAAGGAGCAAUUAAUCCUUUUGGAAAACGAGUUAACCAAGGCGGAAAAGCUUCAAAAAAGAUUACCGGAUUUUAUCGAAAUCGAAGAAGAGAAUGAUGACAGUCCAAUAGAGGUUUCGUCAAAGAUACAGCGUGAAAUACCCUUUGCAGGGAAUACUUCAAAUCUAAAGGAUAAAAAGGUGAGAAACAAGAUAAGACGGCGAAAGAAGUACAAAGUGGUCAAACUCAAUGAGAGCGUAUAUAAGUCAGAGACAAAAACUUCAACAUUCAAAGUUGUCCCGCUGUUGCUGCCACCACCACAACCAUCACUUAACUUCCGGGCUCGACUACUCGAAAAGAGAACGAAGAAUCAAAGGCUCACAAGGGCGGAACAAGCUGGUUUGCAACACAAAAACAAAUGGUUUGCGGCAACAAGACCAGCACGUCGUUGA